AAUUUCCCUAUGGAUAUGAAACAGCCAAACGUAAAAUUGCUUACUGAAAUUACUGAUAUAAGCAAAAUGGAUGUAUCUAUAGAUUACUUACAUCCUGGAAGUAUCUUCGCAAGUUUGACAGACCAGAGCCCGGAUAGAAAAUAUCAAAAAAUCUUCAAAACUGAUAACAAUUUGUGCACAACUGUACAAUCUCAAAACAUUCUUGAUGGUUCAACUCCUCUUGAAGAAUCUGGUAGAAGGCAAACAUCCAUUACAAAGGAGCUUCAGAUUACCGAGAGAGAAGCUCCAUCAACCCCAACAAGAGCAAUUGAAAAUAUGAGAGCCACGAGCAAGCCCAGAGUAUCUACUCGGUUUCAGUCAAAUAUUCAAGAAAUAGCCGAAGAAUCUAUUAUUACCCUACCUACUCCUCCCUGACUUCCUGGAGACCGUAAAGAUGUAGCAUUCAAGACUGCCUUACGCCUACUGAAAAGAUUUUUCAAGAAUACCUACAGAAACCAGACUUCUGAUAUUAGUGACAAGAAGCACAGAGCUUUGCCAAUAGAAGCCAUUUUUGGCAGAAUGCAGAUCCUUCUUUCUUCGUUCAUUCCUCAGCAACUUCUGACUCAGGAUUUGGUCUAUUAUACAAUUGGAAUCACCUCUCUCAAGAAUAUAAGCAAGAUCCCAUGCCAAAGAUCCAUCAAGAGGGAGGUAGCUGACUUUCAGAAGUGAUCAUUUGCUUUCUCAAGGACGAAACUAGAUAAAGCACUCAGCUCUCAGAGCUUGAUUACUUUGUGCUGCUACAUUGUCCAAAAAUCAGAUGACCCCAGAAUAAGCAUUUUGAGAGAUGAAGUAUUGAGAUCCAGAAACUAAAAUCCCACCGCGAUCAAUUUUAGGACUUGUUAUAAAUUCUUACAAUUAGAAUUAUCUGUCAGAAUGGAAAGUUAGAUUAGCAUAA